CAUCCAUGGACCCAGACGCAGAUGGCCCGCGUUCGGUCCAGCCUCCAGACGAUCCACGGAGAACAGAAAGCUUCGUGAGGAGGCCCCGCAGAAAGUCAAAAAGUCCUCCUCCUGAUUUCAAAGAAGGAUCCUCUGUCAUGCCAGAAGAUCCAUCCAUGGACUCUGAGGCAGAUGACCGGCGUUCGGUCCAGCCAGCAGACGAUCCUGAUACAUCCUCUGACUCCGAUGUGUCCAUGAAGAGUGAUAAUUCAAAAGGUCACAUCAUUGAUUUCUCUGUCAAAAGUGAAACAGAAAGCAAAGCUUCCUCUACAGCCAUGGAGGUCCCCAGGCUUCUCGGGGCAAUAAGGCCUGAAGGUCCAGACAAGAAUCCAGAGGCAGAUGAUGGUGGUUUGGUCCAGUCUCCAUACCGUCCACUGAGUACAGAAAACGUCAUGAGGAGGCGUCGCAGAUAUUCAAAAACUCACCCUCCUGAUUCCAAAGAAGGAUCCUCUCACAUGCCUGAAGAUCCAGACAUGGACUCUGGACUGAUCCACCAUUUUCUGCUUCAGUCUCCAGAACCUCCACGGAGAACAGAAAGCUUCAAGUGGCCCCGCAGAAAGUCAAUCAGUGCCCCUCCUGAGUUCAAAGAAGGAUCCUCUCACAAGCCGGACUUUGAUUCUUCCUCAGAGGUGAAGGAGAAGAAGAAGAAGGAGGAGGAGGAGAAGAAGAAGAAGAAGAAGAAGAAGAAGAAGGAGAAGGAUGUGCCAGAAGAUCCAUACAUGGACUCUGAGGCAGAUGAUGGUGGUUCGGUCCAGUCUGCGGACGAUCCAUCCUCUACCAGCGGAACGUCCCCUGACUCCGGUGUGUCCAUCAAGAGUGAUAUGUCAAGUGGUCGACUCAUUAAUUUCCCUGUCGAAGACUCAUGUGAAAGUCAGCGUCCUUUCUCGACCAACUCACAAGGUCGGCGUAUAAACUGUGAAGAAAGCCGCCCCUCUCCUAACCAGAACUCUGCAUUACCUGAGGAUGAGGAGAAGGAGGAGGAGGAGGAGGAGGAGGAGGAGGAGGAGGAGGAGGAGGACGUUGUGACAACUGAUGGUGGUUCGGUCCAGUCUGCAGACGAUGGACUGAGUUCGGACAGCUUCAUGAGGCGCCGUGUAAGGUCAACCAGUCCAAUUGAUUUCACAGAAGGAUCCUCUCACAUGUAAGUUUUUAUUAACAUUAAAAUGUAACUGCAUUCAUGAACAUUUUGCACACACACAGUUGGGUUAGGUAAAUAAUAAUAGGUUAGGUAAAUAAGGUUAUUAUAUAUUAUAACUAUUAUUUAACUGAUUAAAUACUUGAGUUGAGGACACACCUGUUCUGAGUCUGCUAAACCUGCACAAAUAAGAAAUACACCCGGAACU